UGUCCCACUUUUCGAGCUUUGACCCGAGUGACCCACCAAGAACUUUGCAACAAAAAACAGUUUAUUAUUUCCUUAUUAAAAUAUUCCUUUCUGAGUUUUGGUUCCUUGUUAUCUCGCUCCUCACGAAACUAAAAAAAAAAAAAAAACAGUUAAUUGUAAAUAUUAGAAUGCGAUCUCCUUUUUAAAUGUGAAAAGAGGAAAAAUAAAACAAAAAUGAAGCAGGAAUCCAGCUGCUUCUAUUUGCCCAAAACGAAACCCCUGAUUUCUUCCACAUUUUCUUCCUAUAAUUUAUUUUCUCCUAUUCCGCAAUUGUACACUCGCCCCUAUCUUUCUUCCUUUUAGAUGACUGAACGAGAAGAAUACAAAAUAGAAGAGGCAAUGGAAAAUUCAUCUUUUUAGGUUGAUUGGUUGAAGAAUGUGUUAUGAUACUGCUUUCUAAAGAAACAACUAUGGAGAUACAAUCUUACCAGAAUCAGGCAGAGCUGUUGUUAAAGGAAUAUUUAUUGGCAGAUUCCUCCAUCCCAUACACAUCAGUUAUUUGUGGCAUUUUUGCUUGCAAGAUGGUCUAUGAUCUUACACAGUUGUUUAGCAGUGUUUACUUUAAGAGCUAUCUCAUCCUAUCAAAAGUCCAACGGAAUGAGUGGAACAACCGAUCCAUAUCAACCGUACAUGCCAUUUUCAUAACAGUCAUGUCCUUAUACUUCGUGUUUUGGUCAAAUCUCUAUUCUGAUAACCGAUAUGCUGGCAUGAUUAUGUUUCGUAGUUCUGCAUUGUCUACAUUCACAUUGGGGGUAUCUGUUGGUUACUUUCUUGCUGACAUUGGGAUGAUCAUUUGGUUUUACCCUUCUCUAGGUGGAAUAGAGUAUGUCAUUCAUCAUUUUCUCUCCUUAACUGCUGUAGCAUAUUCUAUGAUGACUGGGGAAGGUCAGCUAUACACCUUCAUGGUACUCAUCUCUGAGACUACCACGCCUGGGAUCAAUUUGAGAUGGUAUCUUGAUACGGCUGGAAUGAAGAGAUCAAGAGCUUACUUAAUUAAUGGAGUUGUAAUAUUUGUAACAUGGCUGGUUGCUAGAAUACUCCUGUUUAUGUACCUAUUUUAUCACGUUUACUUGCACUUUGAUCAGGUUAAGCUGGUGCACAGCUAUGGGCUACUGUUAAUAUUUGUCGUGCCUUUUAUCCUAUCAGUUAUGAACUUAAUGUGGUUUGGAAAGAUUAUCAAGGGAUUAAGGAAAACAUUAGCAAAGAGGCAAUGAAUGGAACUUCACGGUGACUGACACAUGAAGUUACAUUGACAAACAAAAACACUCCUUGCCAUUAAGCUCAAUGCCCGGUGCUAGGUAUUCUCUUUCACCUUCUUUGUUCCUCUGUAAAUGGUAGUAAAGGGUAUAGGACUGUAGAGCUGUCAUGAUUUCUGAUUCAAUGUGAGAAAUCACCUUGUAACGCUGAAGCAUGGUUGACUUAAUGAUUGGAUUAGAAAUCUGGAUAGAAAUGGUGAAAAUGCCAAUGGCUGUUUUUUUAUCAGUUGUCAAGUCGUUAAAUCUUGGUACUGUGUUUUUAGAGAAUGAUUCAUUUCGUUUGGUAUUAAAGAAAGAUGAAAGGUGCCAAUUUUAAAGACAAACAUCUUACCGAAGUCCUUAAGAGUGUUUGGUGUUAGUCUAGUAUCAUGAGUUCAGUUAGAUCUGGCGACUUGUGAAUGCGUAGAUGAAAGUGUCAUAGAGGCUCCUGUACUAGGUGCGGAAUUAUAUUUUGUCCUUUCUAUUUAAAAAAUGGGCAAACUUGUCUUUGUACAUUAGAUUAAAGAGCAAACUUGUUUUUUUGUUAAAAA